AGAACGAAUGUAAGUUUAAAGGAUAAGCCCACAAAUAUUAAAAAGGUAUUCAUCCUAGAAAAAGACUAA